GCGGAUCGGGUUGGGCCGGAGGGGGCCAAGCCACCGCCCGCCCCGGAGCCGGCUGGCCAUUGUAAAAAUGCUGCUCUGACCAACUCCUUUUCAACAGCUGUGAUCAUUGAAGGUGUGGGAUGGCUCUACAUGGCCUCAGCAGGGCCAGAAGCCUAUAGCCUAAGCCUCAAAAAAGGAAACCGGUUCCAGGUGGGCAUUUCACCAGGGCUGUCAGUGCCACCACUCACAGCAAAGCUCCACAAGAGCAAGUCUUGGUACCUUGCUAAGCAGCAAGUGAAGCCUAUUUGGCAGCUGGAACGAAAUCAUGUGACCACUUUGCAAGACGAGUGCCCGGUCCACUCAGGGAUCUGUUCCCCGCGUUCCCACCUCUUGUAUCCAGAGUCGUUAUGUAGUGAGGCAGUGCUCCUGAGCCCGCCUCCGCCUCAGGCUCAUUCUUUCCCAAACUUUCUUGGGAGCACCUUGCUCUAUCGACGGUCUUACUUUAGACACAAGCCCUAUCGGAGGCUUGAGUCCAUCUGCUUGCAGCCAAGUACCUUGGAGAAGAAACCUCUUCGUGUCCCACCUCCUGUCUUUCGUUCUGUCCUCAGUAAUACGAUGUCAUCUUCAACUGUGGAUCCAUUUCUUAUGCCAAGCACAGCUGGGGAGCGUUCCAAUCCAGUGUCAAAGGGUUUUCUCCUCAGCUCAGGGAAACAAAGCUCCAGUGCGUAUAGACCGGUCCUAAACAAUAACUCUUUUCUGAGGCCAGCUAGUGCAAAAGUGCCUUUGCAGCAGCAGCAACCGCUACCACCAGAAAAUAAGAAGCUGAAAGGAUUGUCAAGACCUCCAGGAUUUUCCUGGACCCAUUCUGGGGGAAACGGGGAUGGCUCAUCUGUGAAUCUUGAAAAGAAACUUGGAAAAAACAGCAGCUCAAGUUUUGAGCAAACCUGUGCCAAAUCUCCUCGUUCACCUGUACACAAUGGCAUGGUUCUUAAAUCAGAACGGCCAUUGUGGCACCUUGAGGAUGGUGAGACUAGAUCACAGAAUCUGAAAGAACAAGAUGCAAGGUUGACAGAAGCCAUGAGGAAAUUAACAGCAAAUGGUAUCCGAAAAGUUAGUACUUACAAUGAAUUUGGUCACCGCAUUGAUGGCUCUUGCCUUAUGAAUGCCAGCUUCCAUGCCAGUCUGUUCAAUCGGUGGAAACCACACAUUGUAGCUCAGAUAACCCCAAAGGAAGUGCCAGUUCCCAGCUCCCUGAAUUUAGAACCUGGUAGCCGCCAUCAGAGCCUUAUAAGCACAGAUGUUGCUGAUGUCUGCACUAAACGUAUUGAUGCUCGUUUCCUUGCCUCAAAUUCUGAAACGCCCAACCAUAGCACCUUGAAUCAAUUGCUCAAUCCUCCAACUGUGAAUAUUGGAGAACAGGUGGUAACAACAGAGGUCUCCCCACGAAUGACAGUCUCUGAGGUAGAGACAAAAAUUUCCUCUCUUCAGUUAUGCGUGGAAGCGAAGUGGGGGCAGCCUACUGCUGUGAAAGAUUCUGAAGCUGUAGUCAAUCUACCCCUGCUAGACCAAGCAGAAGUAGAAGAUGUGGAAGAAGAACUUCCAGAUGGCUUGGAAGAUGCUUGUAGUCAGGAUGAGGAGGGAGAAGAGGAAGAUGGAGAAGGUGAAUCAGAUGGUUCCUCAUCAUCUGGCUUAUCACCCAAUGGUUCUGUUGCUGUCAUAUCUAGGAAUUGUGUUGAGGGAUUAGUGCCUCCACUUGAAGGCCAAGAACGAAUUAUCAAGCCAGCUCUUACAUAUAGCCUCUUCCCCAAUGUGUCUUCUACCAUAUAUUUUGGAACCCGGGAUGAGAGAGUGGAGAAGCUUCCUUGGGAACAGAGGAAGAUGCUGCGAUGGAAAAUGAGUACAGUGACUCCAAACAUUGUGAAGCAAACUCUCGCCAGGUCCCACUUCAAAAUCAGCAGAAGAAAUAAUGACUGGCUGGGUUGCUGGGGCCAUCACAUGAAGUCUCCUGGCUUCAGAAUUGUCAAAGAACACCAGAAGUUGAACCACUUUCCUGGCUCAUUCCAAAUUGGUCGGAAAGACCGUCUGUGGAGAAAUGUGUCCAAGAUGCAACUGCGCUUUGGGAAAAAAGAGUUCAACUUUCUACCCCAGUCUUUCAUCCUCCCUCAAGAUAUCAAGCUGCUUAGGAAAGCUUGGGAAGAUUGUGGGAGUCGUCAGAAAUGGAUUGUGAAGCCGCCAGCUUCAGCUAGAGGCAUUGGAAUACAGGUCAUCCAUAAAUGGAGCCAGUUGCCCAAGCGCAGACCACUGCUGGUGCAAAGAUACAUACAUAAGCCCUACCUCAUUGGUGGAAGUAAGUUUGACCUAAGGAUUUAUGUUUACGUGACGUGCUAUGAUCCUCUACGUGUCUACUUGUUCAAAGAUGGACUUGUUCGUUUUGCGAGCUGCAAAUACUCUUCUUCCAUGAAAAGUCUCAGCAACAAGUACAUGCACUUGACCAAUUACAGUAUCAACAAGAAAAACAUUGAAUACAAGUCCAAUGCAGAUGAAACUGCAUGCCAGGGCCAUAAGUGGGCACUGAAGGCACUUUGGAACUAUUUGACCCAGAAAGGAGUUGAUAGUGAAGCUAUCUGGGAAAAAAUAAAAGAUAUUGUUGUCAAAACCAUCAUUGCGUCAGAGCCCUACAUAGUCAACCUUGUGAAGAUGUAUGUGCGGCGUCCUUAUUGCUGCCAUGAGCUGUUUGGGUUUGAUGUUAUGCUGGAUGAGAACCUUAAGCCAUGGAUCCUGGAAGUCAACAUCUCUCCUAGCCUUCAUUCAAAUUCUCCUCUUGAUGUGAGCAUCAAAGGCCAAAUGGUCCGGGAUGCCCUUAACUUGGCCGGCUUUCUCUUGCCUAAUGCAGAAGAUGUGGCUUCACCUUCUGGAAGUGCCAGCAGCUCCACAACCAGCUUGAACACCGUCAUGAAGGAAAAGAACAAGCCGUGUAUGGAGUUGCUUACUGCUGAGAAAACAAAAAAAGCCUAUUACUUGACCCAGAAAGUACCAGAGCAGGAAUUCUAUUCCACAAUCCUGGAUGUUCUGACCCCAGAUGAUGUGCGUAUCCUGGUAGAGACAGAAGAUGAGUAUGCUCGGCGUGGGCAGUUUGAGCGAGUCUUCCCCUCACGCCUCUCCAUGCACUAUCUACGCUUCUUUGAGCAGCCGCGAUACUUCAACAUCCUUACUACACAGUGGGAACUGAAAUAUUUCUUGAACAAAUCCAAAGGAGUGGAUCUGCUCAGAAAUUGGUGUCACAAAGGUUUUCACAACGGAAUAGUAACAGAUUCUACAGUGCUGUGGACACUGCCAAGGCCUCACCUGUAUCUGAAGAAUGAACUCCAUAUAAAUGGCUUGAGCAAAGUGGAGCCAGGCAGAAACAGCAGCAAAGGCCUGCGAGAUGGAGAGGAGCCAGUCCGAAGCCCUGAGCCAAAUUCUUGCACUCAAAGCUUACCUCAGAUUAAGUACACCGUUGGAACUCUCAAGAAGCCCGCCAUCUCCCAUGGCCUCAGCCACUCAAGCAUGAUAAAGUGAGGCCAGGACUGAGCAAGGGGCCAACCUCCCCUCCUUUGCAGGGUCAGGAGGGGGUGCAUGUGACCUACCUCAGCAGAAGCUAGGAGAGCCAGUAUUGGAAACAUGGAGAGGACAUCACCUGCGGAUGCACCUGCAGAAAUCUUUUUUGGAAAUGGAAUUGGGACAAAGAGGAAAUGCUUUAUUUGAUCAAAAGGGACAAAAUACUCUGUUUAUAGUUUUUUAUGACAAAGUAAGUUUCUAAACACAGAAGCUUGGAAAAACUAUUUACCUUUGGGUGUGAGUUUCUUGUAGUUUCUUGUCUUUGGCAUGUUCUUCGUCACUUGAGCCAUAAGUGCCUCUCACAGUUAAGUGUUACCAUGUCAGGUUAGACUGGAUACUGCUUGCCUUUGUUUCAAUAUAUGCAAUGCCUUGCUACCAUGGGACAAGAGUCUCUAUAUAAGGAGUCUCUAGUCCCCUGUAAUUAAGAUUAAAAGAAGUUCCUGGUAGCCAGGCAUUGUGGGAAACCAUCUUCAACAUGUCUUCUGGAGCACUAGUAAAGCAGACAAAUUAUAAACUCCUUGGUGCACAAUCUAGACUUGGACAGUAUAUGUGAGAUCUCUUUAACUUGAUAGUCUUUGCAUCUGUGUAUAUCUUCACACUUCUGAAUAUUUUGGUACAGUAACAGGAUUUAGUGUCUGAAAGUAAUUUCUAUGUAUUUCUUAAUCUGCACAGUAGCAACCCUUGGGAUAGUUUAAUUUUUUUUUAAACCCUCCAAAUGCUGUUCCCCCCAAAACAAGGAAACCACUCAGCUCCAUUCACUUUGUGUCUUCGCCCUCAAUGUCUGCAGCAAGUUCUUGUGAUGGAUUCUUCAAUAACAAGACCUCAUUCUUUGUGUCCUAGUUUGCUCUUAAGACUGGAAAUCAGUGUGAAAACCCUCUUCUCUUCCUUUCUGGUUAAUUCCACCAUGCACAUACACAGCACACUCUCCAGUUUUUUUGUCCCUCAAAAGAGACUUCAUAUCGCUUAAAUAUGGGUGUCCAUUUUGAAAUUCUGCACCCUCAAUCACUACUAUUUCCAAUCAAUUGCAAUGCUGCCCUCUUUCUUUUGCUGAUAGAGAAAUCUUCAAUGUUGAUCAUGAAUUGUACUUCCCUUGCUGCCAGUUUAAAUCUGGUAUUGGAUGGUAGUAUUUUUGUACAUUUUUGUGAUGCAUACAUAGGCCUGGAAUGUGUUGAUUUUUUGACUACAUACAAAUGUCUGGAAUAUGUUGAAAUUUGCACUUUUCGGCCUACAAGGGCUUUUUGCUGCCCUGAUGCUUGGGCAUGAAAGAUUAAUAUGGUGAUUCAUAUGAUACCCUAGUCCCCAAUGCUUAACAUUUCUCCUCUGUGCUGGAGCGCUAGUUGUAAGCAGUUGCUAGAUUCUGUUUGAGAUGUCUGAAUCUUGUGGGUGACAUUGGCACCCUUGGUGCCAUGAUAUUCUUGUGUUAAUCAAAACAGAUACGCCCUUUGGUUUCAUCCUUCCUCCCUCCUUGCUCAAAUUUGACUAGUGUACAAUAUAAUUAAGCAAGUUCCACCAUUAUUCUUCCCAGGUAGCAAUAAUGAUAUUCUUAAUCCCAUAUUUCUCACACUGAACUCCUUAUUUUAAAAACUGACAAAAGAGGGAUGUGUUUCCUACAGUGUAGUUUUCAAAUUGAUGAUUUCUCCAUUGGUGGAGGCAGUAUUUAAUGAAUCAUAGUAAUAUAUGUUUAACUGUACAAAGAUUGAAGUGUGCAUCCUGUGACAUUAUUCUUUCUGGUCCCUGAAUAUUCUUGAUUUAAUUCCAUGGGAUUGACUAACUUUUAAACUGCUUUGUGUUAGAAAUAUCCCCUAGAUACUGUUAGACCCUUCCUGGAAAAGAUAGAGAGCAUCCUUAAUCCCAGCUAAGAGUAAUAACAUUUCCAAACCAUAUAUUAUUGAACCAACACAUUUUAAUUCUUACUACAAUAUUGUUUGCAAUCCCAGAUGCACUGACUAACCUUUAGGAGCAGGAAAGUUAAGCACACGUCUUGAAUUAAAUAUUUUGGUGAAUAUAAAGAAUGUAUAUU